AUGAGUAUAAAGCAGGUUCACCCUACAAAUGAAGUUGAAGAAUAGAACGAAUUUAAAAAAGGAUUGCAGUAAUUAACUAGUUAUAAAGUGUAUAGCUCUGUUCAGACAUUUAACGAUCUUCGAAGAAGAAGAAUACAAGUCAGAGAAGCUACAUUAAUUUUAUCUCCGAAACUUCAACAAUAUCAGCAUAUGUUGCAACCAAAAAUAAGUUAGUUUACAAGUUAAGAUUAAAUUAUGGAAGAGGAAGAUGUUUUGGUGUUGGAUGGCUUUAAAAUUAAAUUUAACAGGGCCAUCAGAAGAUUACUAAUCAUCCUGAACUUUGCUAGAGCUAUAACCUACUUUUCAAAAUAGAAAAAGAAAAAGAAUAUUACUUAAAGUUCAAUUUCCAAAUAAUAAAUUCCCUUUCUUCCUCACCUAAAGUUUAUUCGUUUGUGGAGAGAAAUUAUAAGUUUCAACACUGUUGUUGCAAACAUCGUUUACCCAAUUUACAUCACUUAUUCUGAGUUUGACUAGUAUGAUUUUAUAACGAUAGUUACAUUUAUUAUAGAUUUUUUAUUCUUUGUUGAUGUUAUAUUAGAAUAGAUGAUUUGUCAGAUAGAUAAUAAUAAUAUCCUCCUAAAAACAUUUUCAUCCAUAUUCAUUCAUAAUGUAACAGGAUGGUUAAUUUUUGAUAUACUGACAAUUCUACCUUAUAAAUUAUUUGUACCUAAAAUGGAAGAUUCUUUCUAAUUGAGAGACUAUUUUAAUUUAUUGAAAUUAAUAAGACUAUUCAAAUAUUUCACUUAAACAGACAGAAAAAUUCUAUAUCAUUCAGCCGAUUCAAAAAAAACUUAGAUCUCUAUUGAAGAUAAAUUAUCUUUCUUUGAUUAUUUCUCUUUAAUAGAUGCCAAAUUUCUAAGUGUUUUGAACAUUUUUAAAAAUAUGCUGAUUUUAAUAAGUGCAUUUGGCUGUAUGUGGCAUUAUGUACAAUAUUAUGAAGGAAUUUCUAUGGCAUAAGAUUCUAACAAUUGGACAUCAUACAUCGAUGGGUUAUUCUGGGCAAUACAAACAGUUACUGUUGUUGGAUAUGGCAAUGUUUCUAUUUCUACUUCUAUGUAAUAUAACCUUGUCAUUGUGUGGCUCUUAGUUGGAGUCGGAUUCUAUUCAUUUACUAUUGGAAAUUUAGCUUAAAUCUUAGAAUAGUAAACAUCGGCUGAAAUUUAGAAAGAACACUUAGAAGAUUUAGAAAACUUGAUGGACACAAUCAUUAUUCCAGACUGGUUGUCUGAUCAAGUGUCACAUUUUCUGACUUACAACCUAGAAAAUAAUUCUUUCUGGAAUUAUAGAAAAAUAAUAGACUCGUUGCCCGGAUAACUGAAAAAGUAUACAAUAUGCUUUUCUUAAUAACAAUUAAUUGUAAACACUAAUCUAUUUAAAUUGGAUAUUAAUAUUGCCUCCAAACUAUUACCAUAUAUGACAAUAUUCUACUAUUAAAAGUAUGAAACAAUCUAUUAUGUUGGCUCACCCAGUAUGGACGUUUACUUCCUAAUAACAGGAGAAGUGAGAUUGUGUGAUGAAUAAGGUCGAAGUAUGUUAAACAUUAUAGAAGGCAGCAUCUUUGGUGAAAUGGAGAUUCUAGAUUAAGUUAAUAGAAAACAAAGUGCUGUCGCAUCCAAAAAUUCUGUUGUUAUCAUUUUUCCUGUUUAGAUAUUUUUAGAUAUAAUUUAGACAGACGAGAGUCUUUCUUUUGAAAUCGAGCAACUAGGUUUGCGAAGAAAAAUUCUUAUCAAGGAAAGCCAUCUCAGAAUGAGAUCAAAUUAAAAGGUAAGAAGAGUAAGUUGUAUAAACUACAAAGAAUAACGAAAGCCAACAGAUAUAAGCAAAAAUAUUAUGGAAAAGGAGUUUAAAUAGAGAAUUUCAAAAGAAUCUUUUUAGUUCAUUCAAACAAGGAUAUUAAAGUAUAUUUUCGGAAGAAAUUAAGAAAGGAAGUGGAGAUCAUUUCAGAAAUUUAGAGAUGCUGUUUAAAAAGUUAUGAAAUUUAAUAAGCAAAAGAGAGAACUUAAUAAAAGGAGAAGAGAAAGUUGUAUAGGAUUAAAAAUGAUUAAUAAUUUCAAAGGUACUACUGAAAAUGAGUAAUUGAUGAUUAAAUAAAUAUUUAAAUUAUAGAAGCAAAAAAGACAAUUAAUGAAAACUUUGAAGUAAAUCAUUAAUCAUGUAAAAUCAGGAUUAUAAGCUCCUUUGCUAAUUACGCCUUCUCCUUAUUUUUAUUGUUUAUUAAAGGAAUAAAAAUAAUAAAUAUUAGAGAAAAAGGAAUAAGAGACUUAGAACAAAUUUCAAAAACAAUAAAAAAUAAAGAAAAUUAAUCCAUAUUACUAACUAAGACACUUAAAUGAUUUUUGGAGUAAACUCUAAAAUGAAUUAAUUUAAUACAAAAAUGCAAAGGCAGAUCUCAGAUACUCUCAAAUGGAAGUGGACGGAGUUUAUUUUGAAAUUUAAGGUCUGAUAAAAUCUAUAAUAUGA